AUGACGCUGACGACGACCACGGAUGGGUGGGAACGAUGGCGAGCGGAAAGCCCAGGUCGUCGUCUCCGUUCGCCCACCAGAUCCACCACCAUGAACGGCCCACCACCACACCACACCAACAUCAAUGAGCGCCCACCAACGAAGACGAGUGCCCACAAAGACGACGUGACCGCCCACGAAGACGACGUGACUGCCCACGAAGACGACGCGACCGCCCACGAAGACGACGCGACUGCUCACAACACGACUGCCCACAAAACGAAGACGGAAAGCAACGGCAACCCAGCUCCACAGAUGCUAAAACAAGCCAACCGCCCACAAACGAGGACCCAGAGUGCCCACGCAUGA